CCUCUUUUUAAAGCGUGAUACCGCGUUUAUCACGUCUAUUUCACGGACUGCCGUUGUUUCAUUAACUUGAGCGCUCGUACAUUCACAUUCAGUGGUGACGACGAAAACAAUCAACGGAAAACAUAAUAUUUAUCCGUCUGACGGAGCUCAAUAUCCAACAUUUAUCUUCAACUUCCAGUUUUAUCUGGACAAACGGACACCAAGGAUGGGUGCUGCAGGGGUUUCAGUGCUGCUCCUUUCCUGCAUGCUCUUGGAAGUGUUCGGCCCCUCCUCUGCAGAGCCCCAGCUCUGUUUUCCCCCUGCUCGACCUUCUCUCAGUAACAUCGACGCCAUCUGUGUCCACGGCGCCGGUCGCCGCGCGAACCACCCCCACUCCCUCCCCACCACUGGCUUCAGUUACCUGCAGCGACAGGCGGACGCCAUCAACCAGAUGGAGUCCUUGUACUCUGCGUGCUGCCAGAGUUACUCGACUCGGGACCGAGCGCUGACACUGAGCUGUGCUGAGAGAGCCUGGGAAGAUGUGCUAAGGAUAUACUGCGUUGACGAGUUUUCCGUCAAGACCUCACACUACCACUGCUGCAGGGAGAAUUGGAAGACCAAGUGGAACUGCUUCAACAAGGAAGCCCCCAACCCUUCCUACCUACCUGCAGUAUGAGCACAAUGGCACCUCCACAACUGGGGUUUAUGUGGAACCCCAACACCUGCCAGAGGAUACACAACUGAGUCCCAAAUCCUCAUGUCUGAAUACCGCCUCCAGGUCAUGCCAGGAAUAUGACGACUGUCUCUGCAACCUUCAGCUAGAAGGCAUUGUGAUGUCCACACUUCAGACAGACAAUGCGACCCCUCCAUAGAAUUCACUUUUUCAUAUUCUUACAAACCUGCUUUAUCAAGAUUACAAUAACAUGGAAGUAAGUCAGAAAACGUAUAAUACCAAUGGAAAUGUUAUAUUCACAAAAUAGGGUACAUAUGUACAAUGUAAUUGAUAUUAUUCUUCAGUAUUUUUUCCAUAUGCU